AUGCUCAAGCGCAAGCCUCUAUACAAUCUAUGGGUCCAUGAUGAACGGCUUUCCAAGCUAGAGCUCGUAAUCAAUCCCGACCACUUUCCUAAUGUGAAGGUAGGAGAUGUGCUCGAGAUAUUUCAUCCUUCAUCCGAUUCUGUAUCUAGUAUGGAGAGAUUGGCAGCUCGACCUGGAACAGACCCAUUCUCAGGCUACAAGCCAAUUGAUCCUACAAAGCGACUCAUAUUGAACGUCGCAUCAGUUGAUCGUGACUUGGUUGCAAAGUCAGACAAGCUUCAGAUAUCUAUUGCUCAACAUGCCGCUGCUUGUUUUGAACUCCAGGCUCGGACAGAUGUCUGUGUUCGCAAGAUCAAUCCUGCUGAUUACACUGCUGAAUACGUGGAAUUGACAUUUAGAGAUCAGUAUAUUGGCAGGAGUGAAAUGUGGCGUGUCAAACUAUCAUUAAACAACACGGCAGUCUAUGUUGGGAAGAAACUCUCGUCAGCGAAUGGUGUGAGAGCUCAAGUGAAAGAAAUCUCUCUUAGCAAAGGCCAUUCAGUACAAUGUGCUUAUAUUACUGAUGAUACUAAAGCCAUCUUCCGAUCAGAAUCUGCCAAAUAUUUUCUGUUUAUACAGAUGGGAAAGGGCAUGUGGGAUUUCGAUGAAGAUGGUGAAUUGUAUUCAGAAAAAUGUCUACAUGGCUUUUUACCAGAUCUCUUUGGACGAUGGAAGGACAUUGGAGUCAACCACGUCGUGUCAAUAGUGCUCUUUGCUCGAGUAUUUUAUAGCAAAGAUGGCAUAGAAGCGGCUACUGGAGACAAGAGCUCAACCGCUAGUAAUGAGACAUCGACACUGCCGAUAAGUUAUGACUCGAAUAGUCGACCGUAUCGUGAUUACUAUAGAGUAGUAGUGGAUUGGGAAACCCGUACUGACUGGACCCAAGUUCUCAUACCAUUGAAAAUGGAAUUUGUAAGAUUUCAAAAAACGGUAUUGCAGCAUGGAGACGGUGACGAUGCAAUCUUGUCUGGAGUCUUGUCUAGUGCUUCAAAGGGCAAUAUUCUAGAAGCCAUCAAUCUGGCCCUAAAUCCAUUCGAUAAACAUUAUAUUGAUCGAGAUUUGGUUCGAACAGGUCUGGCAAUAGUUGUCGUAACGCCAGGACCUGGAUUCUUUGAAGUGGAUAAGCAAAUGCUCAGGCUUACUACCCAGCGCAUGGUUGAGAAUGGUAUUGGGAUGGACUUGGUAUGCUUGUCAAAACCCCCAUUAUACACGGUACCGCUCUUCCAAUUCCCAUCAAAGGACGUGGCACCAUUCGGUAGACCUAGUCACUCGAAAAGUAAUACAGAGGAUGAGCCACAUAGUUUACAUAGUGAUCGCCGCUAUGGAAGUACCAUUAGCACGAUGAAAUCCUCUGGAAUGGAUCUUGAUAAACGUGGUGAUGUCUGGGACCCUCUGUUUUGUGACGAUGAAGACUCCAAUCCAUCUCCAUAUAAACCUGUAUAUAGUGUACCGCAUUGGGUAGAUAUCAGCUUUUGGAAUCGAGCAACAUCGACCAGUGUUGACCAGAAUCCGGGGUUUGUUCUCCGUGCGAAGAUGUAUGAGUUGCAAAUGAUGGGUGGUACUGAGAUGAUGGGAUCUAUCAUCAUGGUGAAAAGAUUAGAUUGGAAUGAAGGAAUUGGUGAUGAAACCUCCAGUAGUGACGAUGAUGGUGAUAAUGUAGAUAGCAAACCUAACAGAGUCACUAUUGAUGACACUGCUUUCUUGUACGAGAGAUAUGAUGAUCGAAUAUUUGUUGGAGAGAUGGACAAGGCAAUACAUUGGCGUACACGGGCUGUAUCCAUGAAUACAGGAGAAAGCUCAUCAGGACUACGGACUCCCUUGAGUCCAGAAAUUGCUCCAAUUCGAACGGUUGCUCCACCUCCUUCAUUGGGCGCUGCCUAUUCGUCUUACAAGAUGACUGACACUGUGCGUAGUUUGGAUGCUGAUGUAAUGUUUCGGCACCAAAACAGCUCCUCUGACGAGGUCGACACGCUCACUCGCAAGGAGGGCGAAGCCUUGUUGGCAAGACUUCGAAGCAACACACCGACUAGUGGUAGUGUUCGACCAAGCAAGUCAGCAACAGCUUUGAGUAGUUUAUUUUCAGCUGGAUCAGAUGAUUAUUCAAAGCGGAGAAGGUAUGAUUCCAAGACAUCUCCCCGAGCUAGACCAGUUGCCAUCGAUUACGAAGAUGCUCGAUACGGUGGCCCAACUAGAAUAGACUUAGAAGACAUUGAAUCUGAUGACGAACGACGAUAUGGUGGUCCAACGUCUGAUCCAAUCAAUCUCAGACGUGGUAGUGAUCAUCAAACAAAUCAAUCCUCAGGAUCCAAUCGUGCCCUCGACUCAUCACCAUUACUGGGUAGCAACAUCCUUGGAUCCACUACAAGUACAUCACGCAGUCCCAACAGAAUUCUGAAUUUACGACAACCAAUACGUCAAAAUUAUAUAAAUCCUUGCAAUCCCUCCAAUAAUAUUAUAAAGGCAUCAAGUAAUGUACGUCGAUGGCAGCAUGUAUUUGCCAAGUCGAUGGACCCAUCUCGCAAUGACGCGAUGCCGAAUUGGAAGGGUUUGUGCACCCCCGCUUGUCUGCCACUAACAACGGAUUAUUUCCCACCUCAAAAGGAGCUCAGUGAACUAUAUCAGGACUACAACCAUACAACAUCACCGGAUGAUGUGUUUUGGUCUCAUAAAGCAGGCUCUACUGAAGAAAAACGGAUGGAAGCAUUGUUAAUGGAAUUGAUUUCACAAAGAUUGGCUCAAGGAUUUCAGCUCAUUGCUAUGCCAGCUGUUGAAGCAUAUCAAAAGAUGCCGCUGGCCACGUCGUUUGAUAUAAAUGAGCCACCAGCUAUGGGUACCAAGAUGCAAACCCGUUCACCAUACUUGUCUUUGGGUGAUCAGCUGCACCUCUUACGAUACGAUGCCACUGGACGUAAUAUAGAAGUAAAACGAUAUGUCCGUAAAAUAGCCUACUCAAAAACUCCAUUGAAGUAUGCCUGUGCUAUAUGGCCAAAGCUACUGGACUCGUAUUACUCAAAAACUCUCAAGUUUUCAUACCCACAAUUCUCUACUUAUAAUUGGAAUUAUCUAGAUCAAUAUGUUGCUGGGUAUCAAGAUGAGAUGACAGAGUCGUUAAGAUUUUGGCGAACUCGCUUCAUCUUGAUUCCAGCUGAUACAAUGCCAGCACCGAAUAAUGUAUUGAGUUAUCCAAUGGACGAAACAUUAACAGAAGAAGAGAAACGUAUUGAAGGCUUUAAAAGAUUUGAGGAACUCUGUUUUGCACGAGCAAGACGCCUCAAUCCAUCUGAACAAGAUGGUAGUAAAAAGGUGGUGUCACAACCUGUAAACAUUAUUCGUGUAGAUGUAAAUAUCUCGUCCUAUGUUCGUGACGAAAUGCUAAAAGCUGGAUCAACUUCAGAAUCGGUCGACGUCUUGGGCAGUGGAAUGCUCACUCCUCGCACAUCCUCCACCGUCAUGCAUCGCCGUACUUCUGUAACUGAAAAGUCGCCUUCUGGAAUAGCUGCUACUGGAGAUGCCGAUGAUGGUAGAUUAUCAAAGUCGUCGUCACUGCAUGCUAUUGCUACUGCAAUGCAAUCAGCCAAUGGUGUACCAUUUAAAGAUCGUCGCUGGCAGUUUAAAUUAUAUCACCGAGUCUUUCUGGGAUCAGAAUGUUUGCAAUGGAUGAUACGAUCCUUUACCGAUAUUGAGUCUCAUGAAGAUGCUCUAGCAUUUGGAAAUGUCUUGCUUGAACGAGGGCUCUUUGAACACGUGAAGAAGAGUCACAAGUUCUUGGAUGGUCAUUACUUUUAUUGGUUGACAAAGGACUACAGCAGUUCAACCAACAGCAGCAGCCAUACUGGUGGUAAAGAUCGACAAUCGCCAGUCCCAGAAAAAGUAGUAGCUGUUGGCAAUGCAGUUCCAUCUAUCUCGACCAAAACAACUGGAGGUGGAGGAGGAUGGUUUGGAUCAUCCAAGUCAGAAACAAUGGAUGGAGUCACGUCACCGAAUGCCGCAACCAGCGAUAGUAAAACAAUCGAUGGUAAAUUAGCGCCUAUGUCUGCCGUAUCUAUAAAUCCCACACCACCACCAACAGGUACUCAGCCUAGCGUAGCAGGAUCGACUAGUAAUUUGGUAACAGCUGGUAGUUUAUGGGAGCAUUUGCAAAGACAACAGCAUCAACAGCCUGGAAAACGAGCCUUUGAAUUGUCCAAAACUCUAAUAAUCGAUCUAGACCCGAUGAAUCGAUCAGACCGACAAGAAGUUGCUACACUUCAUUACGAUACUAUAUACUGUCAUAAUACGUGUUAUCACUUUCAGCUUCACUGGCUCUUGUGUACUGCUCGUCUUAUUGAAGACUUGUUGGUAUCAUGGGGUCGCGUAGCAGACAAGUGUGGUCUCAAGCUUGUAGAAGCACCAGUUGAGCAAGCUAUGCCCUUCUCUGACGAAAAUCCCUUCCUGUCAGUGGUACCCAUCCAUCUGGCUGUGCAACCUCCAUCUAGUGCAUCGGUAAUAGAGAAGCUGACUCUGGCAAAGAGGGAUCCAUAUCUAUAUUUUGAGCAUGAGCUUGUGAAAUCGGAAGGAUUUGUAUUGGAUAUGGAAGCUGUAGAUCGAUUCCCACCUGGAUCAGUGAAUGCGGAUUAUAAUCGUACGUAUCGGUAUACUCAGUAUGUCCAUCGAACAGGGAUUGCCUUUAUACAAAUACGAGAACCGGGACAAGGCUUUUAUUGGGUCAAUAAUCGACUAUAUUUGACGAAUAAUCCCGUGGGUCCAAUAUCACGUUCCACACCAACUACUUCUGGACUAGGGACACCUGGGCAUCAACAGCAACAGCUGCUGGUAUCCAGUCAGUCGCAAUUGACUCCAACGCCCACUUCUGCUACAUCGGCUAAUGGAUCGUUUUUGUCACCAUUGACGCCAGCAGCUCUUCGACAACGCUUUACAUCUCUUUGCAAUGAUGAACGGUAUCUGGAAUCAUUCUUUGCCGCCAAGAUGCCAGCUGUAGCGUCAGAAGCUAUUGAUGAGAAUGCCAUUAAGGAAGCCUUGAGAGACGCGACUUCGAGCGCCAUUGUGGACGAUAUGUUGAACGCGAAAUCUGUUGAAUAA